AUGGCUACACCUUACGAUUCGAGUAAUCAUCAAUGGAAAUUCUCCCAAUGCUUUGGAGACAAAGGAGAUGUGGAAAACAUAACAGAAGCUGAUAUUAUUAGUACUGUUGAAUUUGAUUCCACGGGAGAUUUUCUUGCAACUGGUGAUAAAGGUGGUCGAGUAGUUCUUUUUGAAAGAAAUCAUUCUAAGAAGAAAGAUUCAUGUGAAUACAAGUUUUACACCGAAUUUCAAAGUCAUGAUGCCGAAUUCGAUUAUUUGAAGUCGUUAGAAAUUGAAGAGAAAAUCAAUAAAAUCAAAUGGUUAAACAGUGCAAACAAUGCUAAGUUUCUUUUAUCCACCAAUGACAAGACCAUUAAAUUAUGGAAGAUUAUGGAACGUCUGAUUAAAUUGGUGAGUGAAAACAAUUUGAAUGGUUUAAGUCAAUUACCUGCUAGUGCCUCAAGUAUUACCAAUUUGAAGUUACCUCAAUUGCAGGUUCAUGAUAAAUUGAUUUCUGCUCAACCUAAAAAGAUUUACUCUAAUGCUCAUGCUUACCAUAUCAAUUCCAUUUCAGUCAAUUCUGAUCAAGAAACGUUUUUGUCAUCUGACGACUUGAGAAUUAAUCUUUGGAACUUGAACAUUGCUGACCAAUCUUUUAACAUUGUUGAUAUAAAACCUACUAAUAUGGAAGAAUUGACUGAAGUCAUCACCAGUGCUGAAUUCCACCCUAAUCAUUGUAAUUUGUUUAUGUAUUCGUCUUCCAAGGGUACAAUCAAAUUACUGGAUAUGCGAGCCAAUUCAUUAUGUGAUGCCCAUGCCAAAGUUUUCGAAGAAUACUUGGAUCCUGCUUCUCAUAACUUUUUCACGGAAAUCACCAGUUCUAUUAGUGAUGUCAAAUUUAGUCAUGAUGGUAGAUACAUUGUUUCCAGAGAUUAUAUGACGGUUAAAAUAUGGGAUUUGGCCAUGGAAAACAAACCUAUAAAAACCAUCAACGUUCAUGAUAGUUUACGUGAUCGAUUAUGUGACACUUACGAGAAUGAUGCCAUCUUUGACAAGUUUGAAGUUCAAUUCAGUGGUGACAAUAAAUCAGUAAUGACCGGUUCUUACAAUAAUCAUUUCAUGAUAUAUCCUAAUGCCAUUAACUCGUCUGCCGAUAGUGGUCGAAAGACAAACAAAGGCAAAGAUGGACCUAUUUUCAACACCUCUUCAUUUGUUGGUAAGCAUAAACGUAAUGCUAAUUCUUCUGAAGAUUCAGAUGUUGAUGACGAUGACGAUGACGAUGACGAUGAAUCUUCCCCUCCAGGUGUUGACAAUUAUCCUAAUUCACCAAACACGAAUCACCCUGAUGAAGAAGAUCAAGAAGAGAUUAUAUUACAGGCAGAUAAAUCAGCUUUCAAGUCAAAGAAGAUUGGCUCAGGACACAAUGGCAUGAAGAGACGUAUGAUGAAUGGAUCAAAUAGCGGCUCCAAUAGCCUGAAUGAAUUUGACAAUAUGGAUUUCAAGAAGAGCAUUUUGCAUUUAUCCUGGCACCCAAGAGAGAACUCUGUGGCCAUUGCUGCCACAAAUAAUUUGUAUAUCUUUUCUACAUUGUGA